AUUCCUAACAUCCUAAAUAGCCAUUAGUUGAUGGACAUUUAGGUUGUUUCCACUUUUUAGCUAUUAAAAAUAGUGCUGCUAUGAACAUUUGUGUUCAGGUUGUUGCGUGAUCAUGUUUUCAUCUCUGUUAACAUCCUCAGGAGUGGAAUAAAUGCUGGGUCAUAUAAUUUCAUACUUAACUUUUGAAGAACUGCCAAACUUCUCCAAAGCACCUGCACAGUUUACAUGCCCACUAGCAAUGUAUGAUUUUCCAUAUUCUCCCCAACGCUUGUUACUGUCUUUUUAUAUAAUUAUAGCCCUCCUAGUGGAGUGGUAUCUUGUAGUUUUGCAUUUCCCUAAUGACAUGAGUAUCUUUUCAUGUGCCUUUUGUCCAUUUGUCUGUCUUGGAGAAAUAUCUAUUCAAAUCCUUCACCUAAUUUUUAAUUGGCUAUCUUUUUACUGUUUAGUUUUGAGUUCUUUAUAUAUUCCAGUACAAAUCCUUAUGAUUUGCAAACAUUCCUCCCAUUCUGUGGGUCGUCUUUUCACUGGUUGCAUAGGUUACAACACAAAGUUUUUCAUUUAGAUGUAGUUCAACUUAUGCUUGUGGCAUCCUAUCUAAGAAACGUUUGUCUAACCCAAGAUUAUGAAGAUAUGCUCCUGCUUUCUUCUGAGAGUUUUAUAGUUUUAGCCUUUACACGUAGGUCUGUGGUGGGUUUUCAGUUAAUUUUUGUAUAUGAUGUGACCCCUUCCCUUUUAAGGACCUUUCUGGGAAAUUGCUUACACCACUCAGCUUUUAUUCACUGGCCAGGACUUAGUUACAUGGCCAUACCCAUUAUCUGUAUGAGGCUGGAGAAUGUGUAUUUCGGGCAUCCUGUAUCAGUUUUUUAAAGAGGGUUGUAAGCCUACUCAGUCAUAGUCUUAGUCUGAGCAGGUCAAUUCUAUUGCUUCGUUUUUCUAAUGAACUUGUUUGUCGACUUUCACGAGGAUUUAGCAGGCGAGAUUAGCGCGAACGGCCGCUGGCUCUCACUCCCUCGGAGACCUACCCCAAGGAAAACGGUCCCGAGUGACUUGGCCAGCCUUUCCCCCGGCAAAUGUGGGCUCUGGCGUUUUUCACUUCGGGAAACCGAACCCGCGCACUUCGCGGCUUCCCCGUUUUGCCGCGCGUUGCCCCCGGCCCGGGGCGCGCCCGCUAGCCCGCCCCUCUUCGCGCCGCGCCCUCUCGGCCCGGGAGCCGCCCUCCCUGCGGGGGCGGCCGGGCGAUAACACCGAGGGCGACGGCCGCAGUGCGCGUGCAGCCGUGCGCAAUGGCAGUGUCCCCCGAAGGGACCCUGGCCCCGCCAGUUGAGACGCCGCCGCACCCGCCGGAAGCGCACACCUUGGAGCCCGGUUCGGACAGCGGAGCUGGUCGCCUCUCAUUCUGUACGAAGGUGUGCUACGGCAUUGGAGGGGUCCCCAACCAGGUGGCCUCCAGCGCCAUAGCCUUUUACCUGCAACUUUUCCUGCUCGAUGUGGCCCAGAUCCCUGCUGCCCAGGUGUCACUUGUCCUGUUUGGAGGGAAGGUGUCUGGGGCAGCUGCUGACCCUUUGGCUGGGUUCUUCAUCAACAGAAGCAGGAGGACAGGGUCUGGACGACUCAUGCCCUGGGUGCUGGGCUGCACGCCGUUCAUUGCCUUGGCCUCCUUCUUCCUGUGGUUCCUGCCCCCCUUCACCAGCCUGCGCGGCCUCUGGUACACAGCCCUCUACUCCCUGUUCCAGGCCCUGGCAACGUUCUUCCAGGUGCCCUACACGGCACUGACCAUGCUCUUGACCCCCAGCCCCAGGGAGCGGGACUCGGCCACUGUGUACCGGAUGACCUUGGAGAUGGCAGGGACGCUGAUGGGAGCCACUGUCCAUGGACUCAUCGUGUCUGGUGCCCACGGGUCCCACAGGUGCAAGGAGACUGCGCUCCCAGGACAAGUGGCCGUUUCCCCCAACGCGACUCGUCUCUACUCCAUUGCAGCCACUGUGGUUGCUGUGACUUACCCCGUGUGCAGUAGUUUGCUCUGCCUGGGGGUGAAGGAGCGACCAGAUGCUUCUGCCCGAGCCUCCGGCCAGGGCCUGAGCUUCCUGGCUGGGCUGCGGCUCACAGUGCGGCACCCGCCCUACCUGAAGCUGGUCAUCUCCUUCCUGUUCAUCUCGGCAGCCGUUCAGGUGGAGCAGAGCUACCUGGUCCUGUUCUGUGCACACGCCUCCCGGCUACAUGACCAUGUGCAGAGCCUGGUGCUAACCAUCCUGGUCUCGGCAGUGCUGAGCACCCCGAUGUGGGAGUGGGUUCUGCAGCGAUUUGGGAAGAGGAUGUCGGCCUUCGGGAUCUUUGGGAUGGUGCCAUUUGCAAUCCUGCUGGCUGCUAUGCCCACAGCACCCGUGGCAUACGUCGUGGCCUUUGUAUCUGGCGUGAGCAUUGCCGUGUCCUUGCUGCUACCCUGGUCCAUGCUUCCAGAUGUGGUGGAUGAAUUCCAGCUGCAGCACCAGCACGGCCCAGGGCUGGAGACCAUCUUCUACUCAUCCUAUGUCUUCUUCACCAAGCUUUCAGGAGGACCAGCUACAGCCUCGCUUGAAUUUGAGACUCCUGUGAGCUGGAACGGCCGGAGCAGCAUCUUCUGGGCUCCAAGUCCCCCUUCUCAGCCCUUCGGCACCCCUGCUUCACAGUUUACACACGACCCAUCUUUUCCCCUGGGAUAUGGCAUCUUCGGUGACUCUCCUGAAGGGAGUGGCCUGGGCUCCAGGACCCCCGCCUGUCAUGUCUUGCCUGUUGACUGCAGGACAUCUCAGAUAGGCCUGUGCCCCUGACUACCCAGCUCCAGGCAACCUGUGACCUGGAAAGCAUACAAGUAGCAACUAUUCCUGGAAAAAGGAAGCCCCUACCAGCUUGGUCUGCAGACUUCCUGUGGGAGCACCAGGCCCACCAACCUGCUUGGAUGGCAAAGCUACCUGACAGGACAGACACACAGAACUCGUUUCCCCUGAUGUUCCACUGGAUGUCUGAGAGAGGCUGACAGCACGUGAGUGGGCAGAAUGGGGACAGAUGGACAUGCUGGGAUGUCCAAUUAGGAGAGAGACAGAUGCAGCGAGGCCAACAGACCCCAGAGGGAGCAAAUGGGGCCAGUGGUGGGGAUAGACUGAGCGAGACAUGAGGUGUUUCCUUCCCUUUGUACAGCUAAGUUGAUGACACUGUUUCUAGAAGUGGACAUUGACUGAUGUUGAGCCACCGAAGACCCAUCAUUUUUAUGAACAAGUUAUUUUUGCGGAAAUAUUUUUCUGAAAGUUUAUCUUUUUUUUUUUCUGGCUGUGCCUCACCACCUGCGGGAUCUUAGUUUCCCGACCAGGGAUGGAACCCAUGCCCCCUGCAGUGGAAGUGCGGAGUCUUAACCACUGGGCGGCCAGGGAAGUCCCCUGAAAGUUUAUCUUAUAAAAGCACAGGAACCACCGUUUUCUAGAGGACAUGUCUUCGGGAAGGAAAGAUCCACUGAGAUUUAUUUUUUCAGAAACAAUUAAAGGGUUUAUCUUCUAUUGAGUCUGUAAAAUUUGCCUGUGGCCAGCCUUCUCACCCCACCUCCUGGGAAAGCCCUGUCCCGGGGAGGGAAGGGGAGGGUGCCUGAUGUCACUGAAACUGGCUAUGGCCCAUCAGCCAUAUGUCCCAGCGUCUGCAUUUCCUCAGACCAGAGAUGCUGUGUGGGAGGUGGGUUCCUUCCUUCCUUUGGAAGAGAAGAAAAGUUGAGACUCGAUAGUGGCCAGGUGGCUCUUGUGGGUUUGGGGCCUGGGGAAGAGUUGAGGAACCUGUGGGGACCCUGAUGCCCCAGCAACUCCUCCUAGAGAAGCCCAGAUACCUCAAGGGAGACCAGGAGGUGCAGACCUGCCCCCCACAUUUCUCCCAGCCCCUGGCUCAGUCCCCUCCUGAGCCCACUGCCCAGGGCUAGGCCCCCUUCCACUUCCUCUUUAGACCUCUGGCUGCCUCUUAGGUGUGAGAUUAGGUGCGAGGUCUAAGACGGCCAGAGCUCAGACACGCUCAGGCAGGAUGUGCCCCUCAGAGCUUAAAGUGUUCAGCUUCCUCUACAAAUGCUAUAGCACAAGAAGGAACCUGACCUCAGAGAGAGAGUACAGUGUGUGACCCAGUCUGUCUGAUACCUGAACUUUCUGGCCCCGUGACACUGACAUGGGCAUCUGAUCCUUGAGGUCACAGGGCCCCAGAGAAAGAGCUGGGCUCGGUCUCUCUUCCUUGUCCACCUGACUGGUUCAGGAAGGGGCUGACAGGAAGCUCUGCUCACCCCCCGCCGUGCACAGGCGCACACACCACACACAUACCUCACACACUGCACACUCACACAUACGCACACAUACAGAACAGUUUCUUAACACUGGAAGAUCACUUGCCCUGUGGAGACAGUACCUGUUAUGACCGAAGGCCAGGUAGUUUCUACCAUGUUAUGUUAUGCUGUGCUUUGGAAACCUGGGCAAUGCAGGUGGGAUCAGAGCUUGUGCCACAUUUUAUGUUACCUGUACUGUUUCCCGGGAGUGCAGUCUCAAGGAUCAGAGCCUCACUGUACAAAGACAGCUGCAGGGGGCCACCUCUGGGGGUUAGGGGUUAGAUCUCAGAGACAGGAGGUAAUCAAGGGCUGGCCAAAAGGUAUUCCAUUUCUUCUUCAUAGCAGCCCUAUGAAGCAGGUACUAUGAUUCUCAUUUUCAGAUGAGGAAACAGGCUUAAAGAGAUUAAGCAACUUGCCUACGAUCAGUUGGUGGUAGAAACGGUCUUGUACCCAAGUUGGCCUGAUUCCAAAGCUUGUGGAGCCAUCCAGGGCUUAAAAUAGUUUUUGGAGGUAUGGCUGACCCAGGAUUUCGGUAUCACAGGACCACUCCUCCUCUGAAACCAAACGCCAGCAUCCCUGCCUCUGACUCUAUGCUUCGAUUCCACUGUAAUUCCAUUAAUCCUACUCUUCGACCUUCGGCUCACAUUUGCCCACUGAGCUCACCCCAUAUCCACGUCCCUCUCCUGACACCCACCCUCCUCAGAGCCCAUCCUCCUGUUUCAGAGGAAGAAGAUCUCUCCUUACCACCACGGCCAGCCCUGGGCCUAUUGCCGGCAAAGGCAGACAUCUCCCCUUGCCCCUUCCCUCUCCACGACCUUUUCCAUCUCCACUUAAAUCCAGGAGAGCAUGCCAUCCACUUGCUCAAGACCCUCUCAGCCCCACCCCUGCAUCCCAUCAACAGUCCCUCAAGGUCUCACAAGAUCAGGUCCCUCCUGAAGUAUCACUUCCUCAGGGAGGCCUUUCCUGCUUCCCCACAAUCGCCGGCUCCACCCCGUCUCUACGCUCCACCCACUUUGCUUGUGCUCAGUAGAACCCACGUCCACAUACAACUAUAUAGUUCUCAACGGCUUUCUUGUUUAUUGCUUGACACCCCUGUUAAAACAGAAAUGUCAUGAGGGCAGGGACUUUGACCGCUACCUCCUCAGUGCCCAGAAGUGAACAUUCAACAGGAAUAAAUGUUUGCUAACUGAACAAGUGAAUGUCCAUGGUGCCCUCAUCCUCAAACAAACAAAAACAGCCUUUCCUGUUCCCUUCACUUUCUCCUCCUCUUCAAAUAAUCGGUUUACUCUCCUCCCGCCACCCCGCUCCACAGCAUUGUCUCCUGUCUCCUGACC